CAGAACACAUUUUGAAAUUGCUGCUUUAAAAAUUGUGGGAGCAGGCAGAAAUUCAACAGGUUUGGCAACCAUUCUGUACAGAUGUCUGUUCUGAGGUCUCUUCCUAAAUGGGAAGCAGCAGAAUUCUAGCUGUGCCCUAAGCCCCACCGGGUCACGUGACCGUGUGAGUCACCUGGUUCUGGCUUCUGGGCCCAAUCCUGCAGCUCUCUCCCAGUGCUGCUAAGGAAAAGUCCACCUCUGCUUUUCUCCACUGUUAGAUCCCUCGUGCUUCCGAGGAGUCGGCCUGGCUGUGAAGCCGACUGCACACGUGAAGAGCAAAAGGACCGUUUGCCAUGAGGAUCUCCCUCGCAGCUGAAAUGGGAGAGGACAGAGACCUAGAAACCGGACGGCUGCUUCUGCCAGUCUUGGGAUGCAGCCUGAAAGGGGAACCUGACAGGCGAGCAAAACCGGCUGUCUCAAAAAGCUGGGCUUGAAGUUGAAGCAGAGACAGCUCAAUGGAGAUGACGCUUGAAGGGGCCGACCAUCUCUGCCUCCAAAUCCCAAAUUGGUGCCUGCGUUCUGGACUUGGCUUGGCCCGGUCUUGGCUCCAGUCCUGCUCCUUUAGCAGCCCUGCCUGGCUUCCUUCCAGGAAAAGGAUUUGCAAAGUCCCCUUUAAAAUUCUCUUCUCUGCCCCCCCCCCCCCGGCAAUCCUUAUCCCUCCUUCCGGUCCCGUUGCAGCCUUUUUAAUGCAGUAAUUGCAACAAUCUUUUUGCCACCAGGGCCUUUUUGCAACUUUUACCAUCUUGCAAGAAGCUGUUUUCUCUCUCUCACCUGCCAACCUUUGGUUCCCUUGGACUUUUGCUGAGUAAGACGCCAGAAGGGAUUCUGCAACUCAUCAACAUCAUACAGAUGUACUGAAAGAGAGAGAGAGAGAGAGAGGGAAAGGAAGAAACGUGAAAGACAAGAGCCGGGUUUCUUUCCCCUCCCCUUCGCUGCAAACUGCAUUGGUCUCAAGUUCUUGAGCACCUGAGAGUCACUUCUGGGCUGGACACCCAGUCCCCUUUCAAGGAGAAAUGUACCCCGCACCCUUGUAUUGCCUGCUGAAUUCCACAAAGAAAAGUAAUUUCCUACACUAGGAUUUGUCAGUCAGCUGAGUGACCCAGCUAUCUGGCCCCUGACUGAGGGUCUUUCUACACAACCAGUUUAGAAACUGCAGAAGAGCAAUGGAAAUAUCCAAUAACCCUCACUCUGUGGAGAAUGGUGAAUGCAGAUCCUCCCGGGAGGUCUGACUCUGCUUCACGCUGGCACGGUGAUGCCUCUUCUCCUCACCCUGUCCUGCCAGUUGGUCGUGGCCCAGAAAGGCCGGAAAAAAAUUGUGCACGUCUCAGAGGAUGACAGUGGUGCUGUCGUGGUGCAGACCGCCCCAGGCAAGGUGGUGACCCAUCGUGGCGGGACCAUCAUCCUUCCUUGCCGCUUCCACUACGACGUGUCAGCCCACGAUCCUGACGAGAUCCGCCUGAAGUGGACCAAGAUGGUGGAGCCCAUGUCGUUUGAGGAUGUCUUUGUGGCCAUGGGCAAAGAGCGCAGGGCCUUCGGGAGGUACCGAGGCCGCACGGCGCUGCAGGAGCACGAUGCUGGGGAUGCCUCGCUCAUCAUCCGGAACGUCACCCUUCAGGACUAUGGGCGCUAUGAGUGCGAGGUGACCAAUGAGCUGGAGGACGAUGCGGGGAUGGUAAAGUUGGACCUAGAAGGGGUGAUCUUUCCAUACCACCCACGCCUGGGCCGCUACACCUUGAACUUCCCUGAGGCGCAGAAAGCAUGCCUAGAGCAGGAUGGGAUCCUGGCUUCCUACGACCAGCUGCACGAGGCCUGGCUGGAAGGCAUGGAUUGGUGCAAUGCUGGCUGGUUAGAGGACGGGUCGGUGCAGUACCCCAUUUCCAAGCCCAGAGAUGAAUGCGGACAGAAGGAAACCCCUGUUGGGGUGAGGAAUUAUGGAUACCGGCAUAAAGAGACAGAGCAUUACGAUGCCUUCUGCUUCACUUCCAACCUGAAUGGCAAAGUCUACUUCCUCAAGACCUAUCGGAAACUGAGCUUCCCUGAGGCCGUCCAGGCCUGCAAGAAGAACAGUGCCGUGGUGGCCAAGGUGGGCCAGCUCUAUGCUGCUUGGAAGAUCCAGCUGCUGGACAAGUGCGAGGCAGGUUGGGUGAGCGACGGAAGCAUCCGGUACCCCAUUGUUAAUCCACGGUCUCGAUGCGGAGGCCGGGAGCCCGGGGUCCGCAACUUGGGCUUUCCAGACAAGAAAUACAAACUCUUUGGUGUUUACUGCUUCAAGACCGCCGACAGCACAGAGGCCAAGAAGAAGGGGCAAGACGGGCCAGGGAAGUGGAAACCGUUCCAGGUGUAGGGAGGGCAGAGAGUUACAGCACAACCACGGACCUUUGAAGAAAUCUGCCCUCUUCGUUCUUCCUCUGGAGUGUUGGGGAGUUUCCUCAGCAUCCCCUUUGAGCAAACAAAGGACCGUAUCCAAAAUGGCUGGUUGCAAGGUGCAGAACAGGAACGGGUCUGAUUCAUUCACAUGCUGGAACUGCCCUGGAAGUCCCGCUUGCAUUUGGUCCAGCUGCUUGUGUCUGGCUGCGGCUGCUGAUUCUUUUGCUUGCCCACCCCCACCCCUUUCUGAAAAUGGAGAGUCUGUCUUGGCUUCUUGCAACUUGCUCUGAUUAACACUUUUGGUAAAGCUUUGGGGAAAUUUCUCUGGGAGGGAGGGAGGGAGGGAGGGAGGGAGGGAGGGAGGGA